AUGUUGUUAAAUGAGUCGAAAAAAGUUUAUCACAUUCAAUUGCAAAAUAAUCAAAAUGAACAAAAUGAAGAGAUUACUUACUACCAGCUCUAUCAACACGCAUCCUAUCUAGCUGCAGUUUUACAGCAAACAAAACACAUCGGUACAAAUGAUCGAGUAGCUAUAUGGUUGGCACGUUCAGCUCAGUUACACGUUACCAUUCUCGCUAUUUUGAUGACCGGUGCAACGUAUGUUCCGUUCGAUGCUGAUGCACCCGAGGAACGUGUCAACGAAGUACUCGAAGAUUUGCAGAUCACACUUCUUCUUGUCGAUUCACGUCGUCCGAUAACAACACACUCAUUAGCAUUUAAUGUUGAACACGUAGCCGAGAAAACUGAUAAUAUUUGUAAAAUUGAGCAAUUAACUGUAGAUACACAUAGAAAUUUACCAGCUUAUAUCAUCUGUACGUCGGGUUCGACAGGCAAACCGAAAGCGAUUGCAAUCAGUCAUCGAAGUAUUUGUCAUUUCGUUCGUGCUGAUAAUGAAGUCAUGCAAAUCAAGUAUGAUGAUGUUGUUUACCAAGGUUCUUCAGCUGCAUUUGAUAUGUUUCUUGAAGAAACAUUUCUUUCGUAUUCUGUGGGCGCAACUUUGGUCGUCGCGUCGAAAACGGAUGUUUUAAAUAGUGAUCAAUUACACUUAUUCUUCAGUCGUCAUUCAAUCACGGUUUUGUUUUGUGUGCCAACGCUACUACUUUUGAUGUCCGAUGACCCUGCAUUGAAAAUUCGUCUCAUCAAUAGCGGCGGAGAAGCUUGUCCACAAACACUUGUGGAUCGAUGGUGGAAAGAGGAUCGAGUGAUAUUUAAUUCUUAUGGUCCUACUGAAAUAACAGUUGCUGCCACUGUGCAAUCUCUGCAUCCUGGCCACCCAAUUAGCAUCGGUGCUCCGUUACCUAAUUAUGUAUGUUGUUUACUUGAUGAGGAGACAGGCCAGCCAACGUCUGAAACAACCGGUGAAUUAUGCAUACGUGGACCAGGUGUUGCUCUGGGCUAUAUUAAUCGUGAAGCAUUGACUAAAGAGAAAUUCACGGAAUACGGUUAUCGCACAGGUGAUCGUGUGUCGAUUGAGAACGAGAAGAUCUACUUCCAUGAACGAAUUGAUUCUCAAGUCAAACUUCGUGGUUUUCGUAUGGAGCUCGAUGAAAUCGAACAGGAAUUGCUUCAAUUAGAAGAUAGAGUUGUGUCCGCUGCUGUGGCUGUUGUUCAUGAGCAAUUGGUCGCUUUUGUUGUCGGCAGCUUGAGCGAAUCACAGAUGCGAGAAGAACUCAGACAACGACUUCCUUCUUACAUGAUACCUGACCGAUUAAUUAAAGUCGAUGGAGUAAUGCCUCAUUUACCCAGCGGCAAAAUUGAUCGCAAAGCUCUCUUAUUGAUGGACGAUACAAUAAAACCGAAAUUUACUGAUACGGAAACUAACUCUAACUUUGAAACAGAACAUACUAUCGACGAAUUAAGUGAAGAUAGCCAACCAAUCGAUGUUAUUAUUAAUAUUUUUCAAAAGAGUUUCCCACAUCAACAAGUAAAGCCUAAUAAUGAUUUCUUCGUCGAUCUUGGUGGUCAUUCGUUGAUCGCCGCACUUACAAUCACAGAAUUACGUAAACAUUUUCCCAUUGUUGCUUUGAACGAUUUAUAUGAAUGUAAAACCGCAACUAAACUUGCUGAACGGUUAACUAGUCAACCAACUGAAAAGAAAAACGACGAAAGUAGCGCAAAAACUUCUGUUAUUUACCUCAAACCUUCUCUGGCAAGGAUGAUUGUGUGUAGUAUUUACCAAUUAUUAGUAAUAUUGGUGCUCGGUACAAUUGCUUCCAUGGAACUUCUUCUACCAUACAUAGGGUUUGUUUUACUAUUGAAGGAACAUGAUCUCGGCUACGCAUGUCUUGCCGCUUAUGUAGCGCUGGUUGGUACAAUGAUAGUUCGAUACAGUUUACCCAUUUUGGUCAAGUGGAUACUGAUCGGUCGAUUUAAAGAAGGUGACUUUCCUUUGUGGGGUUCGGUGUACCUGCGCUGGUGGACUAUCGAGAAGCUACGAAAUCUGGCUAUGGAAGGAAUAUUAGCUGAUAGCCCAUUGAUGAGUAUUUACUAUCGACUUCUUGGUGCUAGAAUUGGCCGGAAUGUUCAUUUGGGCUCUAUCAAUUGUGCCGCACCUGAUCUAUUGGAAAUCGAUAAUGAAACAACCAUAUCAUCAGAAGUGCAUUUUCAGACCGCCUUUGUCGAAGAUUAUACGUUGAAAUUUCGUAGAAUUUGUAUCGACAAAGAUGUGUACAUCGGACGUCGAAGUGUAGUAAAUGGGCAAACAAGAAUGAACGAUUAUUCUGAACUAAAUGAUUUAUUCUUUCUGCCGGCUAAUACAUCCGUACCUACCGGUGAAGUAUGGCAUGGUUCACCCGCCACGUAUUCUCAUAAUGUUGAAAUGGAAGCAUUACCUUAUGACGCAGCCAAUAGUAAAUUCAAAUCUCUGAUCACUGCGAUUAUUUUCACUGUGAUCGUUGUUUUCUUCAUACCAUUCUUCUAUUGUAUUCCAACGAUUCCAGGUCUUAUUCUUUUCGAAUAUGUGGAUUUAAAACCAAUCAACGACUGGGUACAAGUCAUUAUCUUUGCUGUCCCUGUUGGCAUCUUAUAUACUUGUUUAGUUAUUGUACAAAUUGUUGUUAUCCGGUUUUUGUUUAUCGGUACUCCAACAGUAGGUAUCUAUAGCACGCACUCAUUUGUUUAUAUACGAAAGUGGUUAUUCGAUCGAAUUUUCAAUAUUGCGUUACAUAUUAUCCAUACGUUUUAUGCUACGCUGUAUAUGGUACCUUUUCUUCGAGCAUUAGGAAUGAAGAUUGGUAAUCGUUGUGAAGUGUCGACGGCGAUAGGAAUGGUUCAUUCAUUAGUUGAAAUCGAUGAUGAAUGUUUUAUCGCUGAUAAUGUUCUUCUUUGUGAUCCAUACAUUCGAUUCGGGCAGAUGCAUUUACAACGGACGACGAUUGGUAAACGUGUUUUCAUUGGAAAUUCCGCAAUCGUUCCAGACGGAAUACAAAUACCAAAUGAAUGUUUAAUUGGAUGCAUGUCUCUCGUUGCUGAUGGCAUGGAAGCAAAACAAUCGUGUCUAGGUUCACCAGCAUUUAUCUUACCAAAUUGA